AUGGAGAAGUUCAUCCCGCCGGAGUUCGAUUUGCCGCACAAGGGGCGGUCGGAGGAGGCUCUGAGGAGGUGGCGAGAGGCUGUCGGGAAGCUGGUGCUGAAUCGACGCCGUAGGUUCCGCUACGCCGCCGAUCUCGAGAUGCGAUCCGUAGCGAAGGAGCAGAUGAGGAGGCUCAGGGAAAAUAUACGAGUUUGUUUUGUGGCAUACACAGCAGCUCUCAGGUUUAUAGAUGUAGGCGCACACAACAAAACCUCACACUCGGAGGACUCGGUCAAACACCAAGGACCGGAUGGAGAAACCAAUGUCGAAAACGGGCUUCCAGAAGAAGCCUGUGUCGCCGGCUUCCAAAUCCACCCGGACAAACUCGCGUCGAUAGUUUCAUCCUAUGACAUCAAGACACUGAGGAAACUCGAGGGAGUCGAGGGACUUGCCGAGAGAUUAAAUGUCUCUCUAGACAAAGGCGUGAACCCGAGUGAUGUUCCCAGCCGAAAAAACGUGUUUGGGCCCAACCAGUACACCGAGAAGCCUCCCAAGAGCUUUUGGAUGUUCGUCUGGGAAGCCCUUCAUGACUUGACCCUUAUCAUACUAAUUGUCUGUGCAUUGGUCUCCAUUGCUGUUGGUAUUGCCACUGAGGGCUGGCCCAAAGGCAUGUAUGACGGGCUUGGGAUUAUACUCAGUAUAUUUUUAGUUGUGAUGGUUACGGCAGUCAGUGACUACAGGCAGUCCCUGCAGUUCAAGGAGCUGGACAGGGAAAAGAAGAAGAUUUUUGUCCAGGUUGUUAGAGACGGGACCCGCCAGAAGGUCUCGAUAUACGACCUGGUUGUUGGGGAUGUCGUCCAUUUAUCCAUUGGCGACCAGGUCCCGGCCGAUGGGAUUUUUGUAUCGGGCUACAACUUGCUGAUCGACCAGUCGAGCUUGACCGGCGAGAGUGUGCCCAUUAAUAUUUACGAAAAGAGGCCUUUCCUUUUGGCAGGAACGAAAGUUCAGGACGGGUCGGCUAAAAUGCUCGUGACCACUGUUGGCAUGAGGACCGAAUGGGGAAAGUUAAUGGAGACGCUGAGCGAAGGGGGUGAGGAUGAGACCCCCCUGCAGGUGAAGUUAAACGGUGUUGCGACAAUAAUCGGAAAAAUCGGGCUACUUUUUGCUGUCUUGACUUUCCUGGUCCUGAUUAUCAGGUUUCUGGUCGAGAAGGUAAAUCAUCACGAAUUUACGAAAUGGUCCUCGGAUGAUGCACUCAAGAUUUUGAAUUACUUUGCGACAGCUGUGACUAUAAUCGUUGUUGCUGUCCCCGAAGGGCUGCCGCUGGCUGUCACUCUGAGUCUGGCAUUUGCCAUGAAAAAAUUGAUGAAUGACAAGGCGCUGGUCAGGCAUCUUUCGGCAUGUGAGACAAUGGGGUCUGCCACCUGCAUCUGCACAGACAAAACGGGCACGUUGACCACGAAUCAUAUGGUGGUCAGUAAAGUGUUCAUUUGCAGUAAAGCAAAAGAAGUAAACACCUCAGGAGGCCACGACACAUUGAAUGCCGAUGUGUCUGAAAACGUACUUAAUGUUCUCCUGCAAGGAAUUUUUAACAACACGGGUUCUGAGGUCGUCAAGGAUAAAAAUGGGAAAAGAUCCAUUUUGGGGACUCCAACAGAAACCGCCAUACUAGAAUACGGUCUGCUAUUAGGCGGAGAUUUCGAUGAGCAACGCCAGACUUGCGAUAUACUUAAGGUCGAGCCUUUUAAUUCCGAAAAGAAAAAAAUGUCAGUGAUUGUUUCGCUUUCUGAUGGCAGAAAGAGAGCCUUCUGCAAAGGUGCAUCUGAAAUUAUAUUGAGAACGUGUGACAAGUUUAUAAAUGCCGAUGGCGAGCCUGUUCCUUUGGCGGAUGAAGAAGUGAGUAAUGUGUCGGAUACUAUCAAUGAAUUUGCUAAUGAGGCUUUGCGAACUCUCUGCUUGGCUUAUAAGGACGUCGAUGAUGAGAAAAAUAUACCUGAGAAUGGAUAUACGCUCAUUGCAGUGGUGGGGAUUAAGGACCCGGUUCGCCCUGGGGUGAAGGAGGCAGUUAAAACUUGCUUAGCAGCUGGAAUUAUUGUGCGCAUGGUGACUGGCGAUAAUAUAAAUACUGCUAAAGCCAUUGCUAGAGAAUGUGGAAUACUUACCGGUGACGAUCUGGCUGUUGAAGGUCCCGAUUUUCGUCACAAGACUUCUUAUGAGAUGAGUCAGUUGAUACCGAAACUUAAGGUAAUGGCACGAUCAUCGCCAACAGACAAGCAUGUCCUGGUAAAAACGGCAAGAAACGUGCUUAGAGAGGUAGUUGCUGUUACAGGUGAUGGGACAAAUGAUGCCCCAGCAUUACACGAGGCGGAUAUUGGGCUUGCUAUGGGCAUUUCAGGAACAGAGGUUGCAAAAGAAAGCGCGGAUGUGAUUGUGAUGGACGACAAUUUCGCAACAAUCGUGAAUGUCGCAAAAUGGGGACGUGCCGUGUACAUCAAUAUCCAAAAAUUUGUGCAGUUCCAGCUAACCGUCAAUAUUGUUGCUCUCAUGAUCAAUUUCAUAUCUGCUUGUGCCUCCGGAGCUGCUCCACUUACGGCCGUGCAGUUGCUUUGGGUGAACCUAAUCAUGGACACAUUAGGUGCCCUUGCCUUAGCCACUGAACCACCGCAUGAUGGCCUGAUGCAGAGGCCUCCUGUUAGGAGAACCGAGAGCUUCAUCACGAGGACCAUGUGGCGGAACAUCAUUGGUCAGAGCAUUUACCAGCUGGCUGUUCUUCUAGUCCUCACUUUUGUCGGGAAGCAAAUACUGGGGCUCACUGGUUCUGAUUCUACUGCAAUAGUCAAUACCUUCAUAUUCAACACCUUUGUCUUCUGUCAGGUCUUCAACGAAAUAAACAGUCGUGAUAUGGAGAAGAUAAAUAUUUUCCGAGGACUGUUUGGAAACUGGGUGUUCAUCGGGAUCAUCGUCUCGACAGUAGUGUUCCAAGUCAUCAUAGUCGAGUUCCUGGGCACUUUUGCCAGCACGGUCCCGCUGAGCUGGCAGCUGUGGCUGUACAGUGUUGUGGUCGGUGCCGUUAGCAUGCCGAUUGCUGUUGUUUUGAAGUGCAUACCGGUCGGCACAAGCAGUGGAGCUGCCAAGCAGCAUGAUGGUUAUGAUUUGCUCCCUAAUGGUCCAGAACAAGUGUGA